AGAAGGUUUCCAGAGGACACGGCGAGCAUCCCGGUGUGGUUUGUUUGAAAACAUACAAAACAUACUCUUGCUCAAAAAUCGACACAACGAUUUAGAGAGAGGGAGAGAGCGUUCUCUAUGGAGAGCCAUUCACUGCGCUAACGGAAAACAAAAAUCGGCAGAACGCAUUCCGAGAGAGGGAAAACAUUGGCAUUGCAGCGCACGCACGAAUCAGUUUCGCAAUAUCUUGCCGCGAGGAAAGUCCGGUCGCGAGAGAUCCGCUGAACCCCGCAAACCGAACACACUCGAACGCGUCUAACGUCGGUAAUUACCGGAAAGCACGCCGGGAAACGCCGGGUUUGUUUUUUCGAGGUCAACAUUUUCCCCCGGGCAGCAAUGAGGGAGUAGUGUAACGUGAACCUGUCUGGAUAUGUGUAUCAGUGUUUGAUUUACGCGCGUUGUGAAUGGUGUGUGUGGUAUCAGCAUCAUCCAGAUAUAAACAACUACAGAAAGCAGCUACAGAACUAGCUUCCGAGCGGCACACACACACGAAGUGAAAAGGAAUGAAGUCAUGAUACCGAGAGUUAGUCACCGCAUCUGGAUUAUCGUUUCGUGCUACCUUCUGUUAAAAUGUUCUUUGGCAAACCAACAACCACCCGCUCGCGGGACGCUCGAAAGCAGCAACGACAGUACACACCCCAACCAGGCCACGGCAGGGCCGCAACCUAUUUACCACCGAACCAUAGAUAGUAGUCAAUUCCUCAACACCGCCCUUCGUCCGGAUAGGCCAUCAUCCAAAAUAACUGCAAAGCGGAAAGACUCGCCAUUAUCCAUCCCUGCGACACCAGACACCCCAACUACAGCAUUCCGUAGACCUAAGAGCAAUGUAGCUUAUAACAAUUUAGAUAACGUUUUACAUACCGUCGACGAGCCACGGGAGGAGGGCCGGAUUUCAUGGGGUUCAGAGCAACUCGAACAGCGCCAGCACUACGGUUACACCGUUGACGACCGUUCCAGACAUUGGCGCCACCGAAGAUCUGCUAGCACUAGUGAACUACAACCGGAAAACUAUUCCACGCGUUCUCCCAACGCCAACAACGUGCGGGAUGGGAGUGGUUCCUCCCACCAUGAAACGGCGGCAGACAUUCCUACUGCUCGUGCAACUGCUGUCAAUGCUAAUGAUGGUAGCGCAACCGCUGAUGCACAAAAUCACAGUAGGCACAGCAGCACCGAGCAGCAAGGCCCUAGUAACGCACCAAGCCAAACGCUCCCGACCGCGCCGGCAGCUGUGAUCGAUAGUUUAAAGGCGAGUAAUUUAGAUCAACAAAUUAGCAGAAACCCACCGGCGGUGGUACCGUCGAAAUUAGAUCCAUCGGCAACUGGCGCACACAAAAGUGUACCCGCCGGAGCAGCAGCAGCAGCAGCAGCAGCAGCAUCAAGUCGGCAAAGUUUCCCAUCGACGCAACCCCCAGGGAAGACAACGACGCAUCCACUUUCACACUUCGCUAGCGGUCCUCCGCAGGAACGAGCAAUUACAACGCCAGCCCAUUCUUCGGUGACAACUGACAGCCACCAUUAUUACGGCGUACAGCAGGAGCAAGAGCAAGCCCGCCCCGUGCCAUCCGGUGGCGUCGCCAAUAUCAUUCUGCUUGACGACCGCGUCUACAUUACCCCGGUCCGCCGUACCAGCCGGGGCAACCGGACCGCCGACCUGACGCUCGACCCGACCGGUGCCAUCUUUGCCGGUCCAAACUUUGACGAACAAAUCAUCUUUCUCAAUGGGCCCGAUCUGCCGGAGACGGUGGAGCCGGUGGCGCGCGCCCGAAUGGGAAAAGUUGCCCGCAACGCACCGGACGAACCAUUAGCGCUGCCGCUCCGGCCAAUCGGGCGCGACCCGGCCGACUCGGAGCAGCUGGCGGACGGCAGCGUGGUGGCGGUGGUGUACGCCGACCAGCACGAAACGGUCCGGCUGAACUGCGAGGUGGACGCGGACAUUACGACCGGCGUGUGGCUCAAGGAUGGCCAGAUAGUGCACGCGGCCGACAAGAAGUCACGAACCGCCGACGUACGGUUUGUGCGCGAAUCGUUCGGUGCGCUCACCAUCACCGAUGUGCUGCUGGAGGACGAUGGCGUGUGGCAGUGCGAGGCGGAGAAUGCGCGCGGCUUCUUCUUCAACGGCCGGCCAAUCAAGCUGAUCGUGCUGGAUCCACCGAAGGAGCCAUAUUUGCUGAUCGAUUCGCGGCGGCUCGAUGCGGGCAACAUGUUCAUCCCGGUGAAGGAAAACUCCGAGCUAACGCUUGCCUGCGUCAGCGAGGGCGGCAACCCGAAGCCCACCCUCACCUGGGAGGUGCUGCUCAGCCCCGGCAUCGACCGGCACGCACAGAAACUAUCGAACGACGUGCUGGAGCUGCAGGAGAUAAGGAAGGAUAAGGACAAGGAACCGUACAAGAUCAAUGCCGGCGCCGUAUCGGAGGCACGCCUGCCCGCCGUCUUCCGGGUGCAUCACAACGCCCGCAUCCUCUGCAUCAUGGAGCAUCCGACGCUGAAAGUGCGCCAAAACGCUUCGAUUCUGCUCGAUGUGCAGUACACUCCCUCGUUCGCCAUCACGCGUACGCCCGGGUUUGGCUAUCCGCUGCGGGAAGGCAUCGCCGUUUCGCUCAAGUGUGAUGUCGAUUCGAACCCACCGAGCACGCCGCUGUGGCAGAAGGACGAUGGUGAUCCGCCGGUGCCGCAGACGGGCGACGGCUUUCUCAACUUUAGCUCGAUCCGGCGCGAACACUCCGGCUGGUACAAGUGCACCUCGAGGCAUCUCAACUUUCAGUACUCGAGCAUCGGAUAUUAUCUCAGCGUGCGAUACGACCCAGUCGACGUAACGUCGGAACCUGUCGAACAGGAUCUUUCCCUAGCUCCAUCGUCAUCCUCCUCCUCCUCCUCCUCUUCGUCCUCCUCUUCCUCCUCAUCAGCAGCAGCAUCCUCUCCGGCGUCAUCCACGUCUGGCGCCUCGUUCGCGCCCACCAACGGAGCGGGCCAUGCUGUCGGUGGACCACCCUUCCCCGGAAGUGUACCGACCGGAACAAACUCCUUCAAGGCCGGCGGCCAAAUGGAAGUCGAGCUCGGCGGCUCCGUUACAUUGCAGUGCCCGCAAGGAUCGCUUGGCUGCUGGUCGCAUCUGGAUUCGGCAUCGGCUAGGGUGAAGGGAUCGGGCGCAGGCCGGCACACCCAAACCGGUCAAUUCUCGCUAAAGGACGUCGUCUACCAGGACGCUGGCACGUACAAAUGUGUCGGCCAGAGCGGUGCCGGCCGCAAAAAGCUCGAACUGCAGCCGACAGCUUCGGUUGCGGUUAAAGGCAUUCCAAGAGUAACAGCCCGUAACUCAACACCUGCAGCAAUGACAGGAUCCCCGCUGCAUCUUUCAGUAGAGUUUUGUGCCAGUCCACCUCCUUAUGCCGCACGGUGGCUUCACGGUGAUCGCAUCUACACGCCCGGUAGCCAGUACGGUGGAGAAGUUAUUGCUUACGGAUUUACGGAUUUGCCGACGCCACACUGCAAGGAGGCACGUCUGACCUACGUUCACAUGCACGAGAAGGUCCCGCGAACGUUCUACUUUGUCGUGUCCUCGCCCGCCGGUGUCGCCGAAGCCGUCUUCAAAGUCAACUACACCCAGCGGCACAAACCGUUCACCCAAACGACCCACUCCGGAGCGGGAAACUCGUUCUCAUCGUCAGCCACCUCUUCGUCCUCCUCUUCUUCCUCCUCCUCCUCCAGCAAUGCCGUGUCGAACAUUAACGGUGGCCUGUCGGGGUACAAGCUCGGUCCCAACACCAUCAACACCGUGCCGGGCAACGGGCUGGACGAUGACGAGGAGCUGAUGGAGCCGGAAGAGAUUCAUUUUCCCAUCUUCGGAUCGACCGGAUCCACCGUAAGGUUGCAGCCCGCCCACCGCCCGCUCGCUGCAUCAUUGCUCUGCAUGCUACUGCACUGGGUAGCCGGAUGGAGCCGCUUCAUUCUUGGCCCGGCAUCUUGGCUGGCACGAUCGACACUGUAACGCUGUGUCGCCAGCUUCGGGGCGUAAAGCGCAGCGUUUGCUGCUGUGUACUGUUUAAUGUCUGUGCUGUGUUUUGCAGCCUUAAUGCAGUGCACUCGGACCGUCAAGGUGACGGCAUAAUCGAAUUUAAGCCGCUCGAAUUCGCCCCGGGGACCUCCCCGGGCAGGAGAGAAACAAAAUGACCGGAAGUGAUUGAUUAGCGCUCGACCGGAUAUUACACGUUGUUCAUGUUGCUUGUUUCGGAGCGGGCAGGCGCGUCUUAGACGCUCUUGCUCAAUGGCAGGAGGGGUUGGCAAGGAAGGGGAUUGGAGCAUUCCUCAGCAAGUGUGCCACAUAAAUCAUUUUGAGAAUUUUCCUUUUUCGCUCUACAGAGGUUUUCCCCGUCACCUUGCAAUAUGUAGGGAGUAUGUUUCUUUGAGCGAGAAUUAGAACCGUUACUUAGCUUAGCUUCAUCAACGUAUUGGAUUAAAUCAUUUUGAAUAAUUUGUUGACCAUCAUCUCUACCUAAUUUAAUAUCAUACUUCGUGCAUGUUGGAUAGUUUUACACUAAAAUAUAAAGCUCACGUUCAAAAAGCUCUGUAAGCAACAAGUUCAUUUAUCAAACAAUGCUGUACAUAAUAUAUUACCUUAUUUUUCGUGUGUACAUCAACAACAGUAAAGAAAGUAAAACUAAACCCGGCAAGAGAAACCAUCUCCUAUUCGAUGUAAAAAGCGUUUACAAAAAUAACUGUUGUUCAAUUUAUGUACGUCCUCCUCGCACAGGAACCGGUACCGUACAGGAACUUUCACCCAAGAAAAAAGCUCGAAGCGAUUUCAUCGAUUCAAUUAGGAAGCGUUUCGCGCAUUCACGAUUAUUAAAUACGCAAUUUUUAAAUAAAUCAAAAGUGUUGUAAAUACUGUUCGUUUUCGUGCUUAACUGUAGGACGACCAUCUCAUUCUAUCUUGUGUGUGGUGUAGGAAGAAAAAACAAACAUGUUGAGCUACAGGUUUCUGUUCCGAAAGUGUGUAAAUGAUGCUGUCUUUGAAAGUGUAAGAUGAAACAUCAAUUUAAAAAAGGAUUAAACCCAUUCAAACGAGAAAUGGUGCGAACAACAAAAGAAGCUACAAACCCAUUUCGAGUGUAGAUAAAUACUGCUAUCGAUUGCUUUGUAUUGGUUAAAUUUCUCUCUCCGCUAUUGUACGUUUUAUCGCUCGCUCGUUAAGCUCUCUAAUCGUUCUUACUUACGUACUGGGCCUUAAUGAUGGCCACUCUACUUUUACCUGCUAAAUGGUAAGGCUCUACGCUCUCUCGUUCUACAUCUUCCUACUACGAACGUGUCCCCCCCCCCCCCUUGCGCAAUGUAAUUACAACAGUCAAUUUAGGUAACAGCUAGUAAUAAAACAAUGUGCCAAAAACGAAUGGUAGGUGUGUUAGGUUAAAAAGCGAAACAAAAACGACGACGAUGCCAAAACUAGUCAAACGUAAUUGCAUAAACUUUCCUUGCCUCUAUGUUACCAUCCAAACUACACACACACACACACACAUCGACCAUACACCGUCCCAAACUUCCACUUUUACAACUCUCCAAAGACAACUCCUGCGCGUGAUUUCCAGAUUGUCUGAACUAUAAAACAAUUAUCACGACCAUAAGCAACAUCUGCCCUACGAAGAAGAGAAACGAAUACACGAAAACGCCGUUCUCCUUCGCGCGAAAGACACUUUAUCGAUCCGGUGCCACAAUCCCGGCUAGGCUAAAUCCUGGUGCGAAUCGCGACAUAUGCCUCGAACCUCGGCAAAAGGACACCGUUCCGGUCGGUAUGUCGCGAAAUUUGUAACCUGCGAAACCUGUUUCCAAUGCGCCCCCUGUCGCCGCCUUCUCAAGCAUUUGCAUUCGGUGGGCUCAAGCUUGGUCGGGGACUGUUGGAAACCCGUGAAAGGUUAUGAAUAAUUGAAGAGUAUGAUAACGAUAUGUAAAACUGUCUAGCAGGGCAGCUUCACAUUUUCCGACUGGGAGGAAAAUGCUGCAGGAGGGGGAGUAUGAGAUAGAAACAUUUUACGACAAUUUUAAAUUUGUUUUAAAUUUGUGUUGUAUGCAAAAAAAGAAAACCCGAAAUAAACCAAUAGGAAAUAAAGUUUUCAAAUAAAGAAAACAAUUCCAUUUGUAAAACAGAUACAAAAUAAAUGGAAAAAAAACUAACCCAAGAAAAAAAACAGAAACAACUCUCUAUUCAUGAAAACUCUCCCCAAAAACAAUUGAUAAGAAUGUGCUUAGCUAAAACGAGCAAACAAAUCUCCUUCUCAAAUUUUCUUCUCUCUCUCUCUCUCUCUCACACACACACCCACACAAAACGUUUCAAGUUGUAUGCUACCGAUCCUAAACGAACUAAACUUUGAAACAAAGUGCCGAACAAAUUGUGACAAAACAAAAAGAAAAUCAAAACAAAAACAAAACAAACAGUUCAUACAAGCCCAUUCGAAGCCCAUCGUUAGGCAAAAACGAACACCUGAAAGUGAAGACACAUUUAGUGCACACAUGUUCGAGGGAAAAUAAGACUGCGAAGGAGAGAAUAAAGAGGCAGACAGAGGACAGAGAACGUAGCAACACAGGAUGGUUUACGGUUAUAAAAGGAGAAAUAAUUGUAAAAUGAAACAAAACUUUAUUUGGCAAUAUGUUUAUCGUGUUGUUCACAGGUGGUAAUGAAUGCCAUUUCCAAACAAUAACAUAAAACAAAUAAAACACGAAUAAAAAGAUAAACGUAAGCGAGAGAGAGAGAUAGAGUGGAACAAAGCGAUAAGUGUUAAAUAAGAAUAUUAAAUUAAUAAACAAAACGGAAACAGUAACAAAAAAGCAAAGAAAAAUUAACCCAUUUUGGAGUAAUAUAUUUAAGACGAUGCCCCAAAUACAGCCCUCUGAGCGUACGAACGAGGGUCAUUUAUGCAUUAACAUGUUGUGUACACUGGUAAGUUGUUGCAAUAAUCUGCGCCACAGUCACGAUGAAACAUACAAGACAAGUGGAUAGAGGAAAACACAAGAAGCAAGCAAAGAGAACAGUGUGAUUUUAUACAAAGCUGGAUUAAAUAAAUAAAACCAAACCUUAUUGAAAAACAAAACGGCAGUUGAAUUCCUUCAUCUCGAUCUCUGUAGGCAACCAAUUGAAGCAAAUGUGAGCUCGAUUUCCGUACAUCACACCCCAUUCAUCAAGCAGUUCAUAAAUUAUGUGCAAGUUAUCCUUUCUUCACAGCCAAAGCAUAUGUCUUCACUUCAUCGCACGCCCCAGUGACCUGGAGUUGUGUCGAAAUAUCUUUUAAUUCUCGUUCCCUUGUACCGUUGCCGGAUUCCUCCCGCCACUUGAACGAUUGUCCACCAGUCCACGAACUUACCGCACAGGGGGCAAGGGAUGAUUAUUCUUGGUAGCCCACCAUUACACCAUCCAUAAAACUGUUCCCGUGGCCACGUAAUAAAUGCCACCGAGGAGAGUUCUUCGCUAAAUUAGCCUCGCAGGACUCUACUACCGCUACCACACACUGCCGCUGGUCGAUAAUCCGGUGUAUUUCCGGUGGUGGGGCGAGGUAAAUUUGGUUGUAGCUUUAUUUCCCCCCUACCGAAAGGCAUCGCUUGUAGUGUGUUCGUCGCUGUUCAUCGUUUUUGCUUCCAUUCGCUUCAUUGCACAAAGGGAUA